AACAGAAUUCACGGAAUGAAUACACCCCAAUUGACAUUCUGGGGGAGAAAAAACAUGUCUGCCCCCGUUAAAGCAAUGCUGCCAUAAUCCAAUUUGGUAGGGAUUAGUGUAAAAACGGUAUUAUUCUGGAAUACAAUAUAUUAUAUUGAUACAAGACCGUGGCAUCGGAAUCGAUAUAUAGCUACUGUAAUGAAGACUUUCUGCGGACGUGCCAACCCGGCCACAGGCGCGUUGGAUUGGGUCGAGGAGAGUGAGGAGUAUGACUAUCAUCAAGAGAUUGCCAGGUCCUGCUAUGCUGAUAUGCUGCACGAUCACGAUAGGAAUGAGAAAUACUACCAGGGCAUCAGGGUUGCUGUGAGCAGAGUGAAGGCACGGGGUGAGGAAGUCAUCGUUCUGGACAUUGGCACUGGAACAGGACUGCUGUCCAUGAUGGCUGUCACAGCUGGGGCUGACUACUGCUACGCUGUAGAGGUUUUCAAGCCCAUGGCAGACGCUGCUUUCAGAAUAGUGAAGAAAAAUGGCUUCUCAGACAAGAUCAAGAUCAUCAAUAAACACUCUACAGAAGUGACAGUUGGACUAGAUGGAGACAUGCAGACUCGAGCCAAUGUCCUCGUCACAGAGCUGUUUGACACUGAACUGAUUGGAGAGGGAGCCUUACCCAGCUAUGAACAUGCUCAUCUCAACUUGGUCCAGGCGGGCUGUGAGGCUGUGCCCCACCGUGCCACAGUGUAUGCCCAGCUAGUGGAGUCAGAGCAGUUGUGGAGUUGGGCACAGUUACAACCCAUGGAGGUGGAUGGUCGCAAACUGCUGCCUCCUCCCGCUGUAAGCCACUGUGCUGGAGCCCACUCGGUCUGUGACAUCCAGCUCAGUCAGGUGCCCCCUCACCGCUUCACACCACUAGGGCCUCUCUGCACCAUGUUCAGUGUGGACUUCAGUAAGCCAGUGAGCAGUGCCCCUCAGUCCCACUCCUCCAGCUUCCCAGCUCAGUCCAGUGGCCGGGCUCAAGUGGUCCUCUCCUGGUGGGACAUAGACAUGGACCCCAGCGGCUCCAUCGUGUGUUCCAUGGCUCCCAGCUGGACCUACCCAGACCCUCAGUCCGCUCCUUGGCGGGAUCACUGGAUGCAGAGUGUCUACUUCCUUCCUGUGGAGAGGAGGGUGGCAGAGGGAGAGGAACUUAGCCUUACUGUUUCCCAUGAUGACUACAGCCUGUGGUACAGCCUACAGCCAGACGGUCAACAGGGCAUGUCGAGUGAGGCACCACCUUGCCGGCCAUGUUGCGUCUGUCAGGCUCACCUGGUGUGGACACGCACGCGCUUCGGGGAGCUCAACGACCGCCAGCGCACACAGAGCUACGUCAGAGCUCUACGCAGUGUUAUAAAACCAGACAGCGUGUGCGUAGGCGUCAGUGAUGGGAGUCUGUUACCCAUCUUCGCUCACAUGCUUGGAGCUAAGAAGGUGAUCAGUUUGGAAAACUCUGGAAUGUUGAAGCAGGUCAUUGAACAAGUGCUGAAUGCCAACUCCAUGAGAGGAGUUCAGAUUCUGGGGAUUCGUCCUGACCAGCUGUCCAGUACUGACCUGGCGGGGGAACAGAUAUCAGUGUUGAUAGGUGAGCCCUACUUCAGCACCAGUCUUCUGCCCUGGCACUCCCUGUACUUCUGGUACUGCCGUACUGCCCUGGUCCGUCUGCUGACACCCAAUGCCACCAUCUUGCCUUGCUCUGCCACUCUGUGCAUGGUCGCUGUGGAAUUUCAGGUAAGAGAUAUUGGCAUCUGUAGUAAAAUGAAAAGUAAACUUUUGAACUUGUGCCUCUCUCAUUCAUUCAACCUCUGUCAGGAUCUGUGGAGGAUAAGAGCUCCUUGUGGUACAUGUGAAGGCUUUGAUGUUGGACCUAUGGAUGAGAUGGUUCAGUCUCUGGAUUUCCGUGAGUCCCAUGAGGCCGAGCCACAGCCCCUAUGGGAGUACCCGUGUCGGGCCCUGACCCAGCCCAGAGCUGUCAUGACCUUUGACUUCCUACAGUGUGUUCCUGAACAGCCAAUCAGAUGUCAGGGAUCACUACCAUUUACGAGGAGGGGACGUUGCCAUGGUGUGGCCCUGUGGAUGGAGUACCAACUGAAUGAUGACAUCAAAGUUAGCAUGGGCCUGACGAGACCAGUCAGUGAAGAGGGUGCCUGUGAAUGGAGUCUCCAUCGGAAACAAGGCGUGUACUUCUUCAGGUCCCCAUGGGAGAGCUCAGGGGAUGGAAGGGCCUCAGUGUCAUAUAGUUUCACCUUUGAACCCAGCAUUGGGGAUAUCAAAAUGGACUUCACAGUUGCCUCACAAUGAUCUGUAGUGGUACACAUGAAAUUGGACAUCUCUGGGUUGGCUUCUAUAAAGAGGACAGACAUUGCAAAUAUAGCCCCAAAUUACUCUAGUAAAACCAAAUACUGAUGGAUGGUGUUUGUUUUAUACUGUAUUCUUGUGCUUUUAAGUGUGAAAGUGAAUAUAUAAACAGGCCAUGAUUGAAAAAUGAUUAAAAUUCCGGAGUUCUAAAUUGAGCAGCUGCUGAAAAA